AUGCAUUUAGAGCUGCAUCCGCGCAUGUCUUCUUCUAGGAAUAUCGCUAUAGCCAAUGAAAAUCUAAAUGUUGUACACGAUUGCAUACAAAAUGUAAUAACUAUAACAAAUAAUGAAAGUGAUAGCAUAACCAUUACAGACUCAUCCUUCAAAAAUGUAGAUGUACGAAUUCAGCACUCAAAUGUAACUUUUAAUAUUCCAAGUUAUACAAAGAACAAAAUCAUACCACCUAGUUAUUCAAUCAGCAAUUCCAAUGUUACAUUAACAUCAUUUAGGAGCAGCAUGCUUAAUGAUACCGAUAUUUAUGCUGAAAUUGAACUUAUAAAUUCAGAAAUAACAUUUACACCAAAUUCUGAAGACAGUUAUAUUCCGGUGAACUUAGAGCUUACUAGAUCUUCCAUAAAAUCAAAUGGAGAACUCAAACUUCCUAAACUUUCAUUAGAUGCACCGAAAUCUAUUGAUGGCAAUGUUAUUUGUUCAACACUUGGCGUAAGAUACCAAAACUAUGAUUUUUCGGAUGUAACGGCCCUUUUUGUUGUCACUAAUCUGGAAUUAUUUAAUCCAUCUGGUCAAUUACCACUGAAAAUCAAUGUUUCGGACUCGAUUUCGGUAUACAAUAAUUUUAGCACUGAUAUACUAAAUCUAGAAUUCAAAAAAUCAGCAAUUAAACUAAAUAUUUAUCUAGAUCAAUAUUCCUUAUUCGAUUCAAGCAAAUUGAUUGUAAGUAACGUUCAAACUCUCACAGAUGUCAAUUUUAAUGCUAUCUAUAAUGGUACAUCUUACUUAAAUAAGGAACAAGCUGAAAAAAUUCUUCCAGGAACUAAACGUACCCUUGUACAAUUCAAAGGAAAUGAUUCAGAUCCAAUAAGAUUUGACUGUAAUGUCGAAGAUUCUAACCUAAGUAAGUACAUUAAUUUAGAACAAGCAUUAAAAUUCGAAUCUGAUGGUCACAACUCCGUAAUAAUGACGUAUGUGAAAACUCCAGCCAGUACCACGCAAAUUCUUUGCUACGCUACGGACAGAAACCUCUGUAAAGGAAUGACCAUUUUAAAGAGCGAUACCCAAAAAGCUCCGGAUUACGUAGACAGGGUUGUUCUCCAUGUAUUUGAAGGAUUUUCUGCUGAUUUUUAUCUCAACUUCAAUCUUACAAACCAACCUGUUGAUUUUGUCAUAGAAGGAAGCUCGGAUAAAGUACAGGUAGUUAAUAUUAACUUGACCAGCGACACUAGAUAUAUCCUGAAGUCCUUAGAAUUCAAAGCGAUCAUCGCAAAGUUCAGAUUUGAUACUCCUGACAAAUCUGUCAAUCUCAAAAAGCUUAUAGUUGAUGAAUACACUUUGUUUAUGCCAUCUGAGAUUUAUAACUUCGAUAGUUGUGAUCUAAUUGUUUGCCAUAUUUCAGCAGUCAGAUUAUUCCAAACAAAUCGUCCGAAAUUCGAAGUUAAUUUGGUUCCUUAUAUUGGCCUAAAUCUUAAUGAGAAGUCUGUUGAUUUCUAUCUCAAUAAUCAGCUAAUAACUUCUAUCCAAAAUGAAAAACUCGACAACUACAAAUUCCGAAUGGUUGAUAAUGAAAAAACAAUUAUAACAGAAGAAUAUGUGCAUUCAGGCUCUGAUAUCUUCCUUCAUUUGAUUGGAGAAAAACCAAAAAUAAUUUUCCGCACAAAAGUUCCUAAUAAUGAAUCAACAGAAUACAUAGAAAUAUCUGAUGGUACAGAAAUUAAUAUUGAUACAAUGGGAUUUGCCCCAAUUCGCAUAAAUAAUUUUGCUCGAGUCGCUGUUGAUACAACUUAUUCCUCUGAGCUAGUCCAGAUAUCAUCAUUAAAGUGCAAAGAUCUAGAAUGCACGAUUAAUAACAGUUACACCUCAAGUGUGUUUUUCAAGAACGUUUUCAUGGAAGGAAAAGCCAGUAUCAUAGGAGUUAAGCAAGAUAUAAAUGUUGUCAUACUUUCCCUUCAAGUUAAUGAAAAAUCUAAAGCUGAAAUCAGUAACGUUCAACUUGUCAAUUCUGUUGACAUUGAGGCUGAUUCUUCUAUCGUUUUGGGUGAUGUACAAAUCGGAAACACAAAAUUCCACGUUCAUCCUCAUCAAGGAGACCAGAAUUAUCAAAUUUAUAUAAAUACAAAUACCUAUAAACACAUGUCUCCUUCAGAAGUGAAUGUAAGCUUUAUUGAACAAGAAAAACAGUGCACAAACGCUACAAAAAUUGUUCAAAGUCAAUAUGCCUUGGCUGAAAACUGA